AUGCUUUUGAACAUUCAAAACUUUGGUCAAGGUGAUCUUCACACCCCGACUGCAAAAGAAUCUAAAAUCAUGCAAGUGCUUCCACGUAAUGGCCCAGAUCAGGGUUCUGAAAAAGCUUUUGUUUAUGAUGGAGGGUCAAACAAUGUCAAACAUGAACUAGCUGAUGGAACCGGAAUUGGAAUUGGAAUUGGAAUCGGAAUCGGAAUCACAGAAGCAUCUGAUGAUGACCAAAAGUUAUCUUCCAACACUCAUGAUUCCGGAGUUGAUAGUCUGGAAUUGGCAUGUGGGAAUCAGGAAUGUGAGUCAGAGCCCAAAUGGCUUGAACAAGAUCAACCCAUGGCAGUUUGGGUGAAGUGGAGAGGGAAGUGGCAAGCAGGGAUAAGAUGUGCAAGAUCGGAUUGGCCAUUAUCAACAAUUAGAGCAAAACCUACUCAUGAAAGGAAACAAUAUCUUGUUAUAUUUUUUCCAAGAAAAAGAAAUUAUUCAUGGGCUGAUGUUUUGCUUCUUCGCCCCAUUAAUGAAUUCCCUGAGCCAAUUGCAUAUAGAUCACAUAAUAUUGGAGUCAAAAUAGUCAAAGAUUUGAUUGUUGCAAGAAGAUUUAUCAUGCAAAAGAUUGCUGUUACCUUGAUAAACACCAUUGAACAAUUAACAACCGAGGGUUUGAAGGAGAGUGCUCGUAGUGUGGUAGUGUGGAAGGAUUUUGCAUUGGAAGCUUCUAGAUGUAAAGAUUAUUCGGAUCUUGGAAAUAUGCUUCUUAAACUUGAAAAUAUGAUAUUACAAAGGUUCAUAGACUCUUUUUGGUUGGAACAUUCUAAAGAAACAUGGGUGCAAAAAUGUCAAAAUGCUCAAACAGCCGAAUCUAUCGAAUUGCUAAAAGAGGAAUUAGGGGAAGCUAUAAAUUGGAACGAAGUGCAAACACUUACAAACACACCCGAAAUUGUAACCGAAUGGAAAACUUUAAAACCAGAAAUCAUGAAAAUGUUUUCAAUCUCAAAUCCUUCAUUCAACAAUGGAGAAUCUGAACAACAAAAUGAUGGAUUCUCAAACACAAGUCCUCAAGUUUCCCGAAAACGCCCCAAACUUGAAAUCCGUAGAGCUUCACAGUUAGAACCCGAAGGGGUAAAUCCGUCAUUUCCCGUUGAAACCGAUUCAAGAUUCUUUAAUGGGCCUGUGAGGGAUGAUAAAUGGGGUGAGAUUGUAGUUGAAAGUGGGAAUCAAGAAACUCGGUUUAAUGAUCGAAAUAAACAGUGUACAGCUUUUAUUGAAGCUAAAGGAAGAAGAUGUGUUAGAUGGGCGAAUGAUGGAGAUGUUUAUUGUUGUGUACAUUUAGCAUCUCGUUUUUCAACCAAUCAUGUAAGGACAGAUGUCACUCCCCAAUUGGAGCCCCAAAUGUGUGAAGGCACAACUGUUUUAGGUACUAAAUGUAAGCAUCGAUCACUCCCAGGGACUUCUUUCUGUAAAAAACAUCGAAUCAACAAGGACAAGGACGUAAUCGUAAUUUCACCUCCCAUACCUGAAAACAAAACAAUUAAAAGAAAGGUGGAAGAUGUAUUGUUAUUUGAGGGGGGUAAUAAUUGUCAAGAAAUUGUAGUUUCGGGUCAUUUUCGGAAUGAGGAAAAUCUUGAAGGGAUGAAAUGUAUAGGUGAUAAUGAAGUUGUGUGUAAUGAAAGUCCAACAAAGCAUACUUUAUACUGUGAGAAACACUUGCCAAAUUGGCUCAAAAGGGCAAGAAAUGGAAAAAGUAGGAUUGUUUCAAAAGAAGUGUUUAUUGAGCUUCUUAAAAGCUGUGAAUCACAUGCCCAAAAACGUCAUUUACACCAAGCGUGUGAGUUGUUUUACAGGUUCUUUAAAAGUGUCUUGUCUUUAAGAUCCCCUGUUCCUAAAGAAAUCCAGCUUCAAUGGGUGAUGUCUGAAGCUUCAAAAGACGAAAAUACCCGUUACUUUUUAUUCAAAUUAGUUUGCAGUGAAAAAGAAAGACUCAUUCGUCUUUUCGGGUUCGAUGGUAAAAUUCCUGAAAAUUCCGAAAAUACCCUUUUGGAAGCACACGUUGAAAAUGAUGAUGGAAGUGACAUCAAGUGUAGUAUCUGCUCUUUGAAGUUUCUUGAUGACCAAAUGCUCGCGAAACAUUUCAUUGAAAAUCAUAAAAAGGAAGCUCGGGUGAUGUUCAAACAAUACGUGUGUGCAAUAUGUUUCGAUACUUUUUCCGAAAAUACCCUUUUGGAAGGACAUGUUCUUGAAAGACACCAUGUCCAGUUUGUUGACCAAUGCAUGCUUUACCAAUGUAUCCCAUGUGGCAACCGAUUUGGGAAUUCUGACCAAUUAUGGUCACAUGUGGUGUCAAAUCAUCCCGCCAAUUUCAAGGGCAAAAACGUAAUUUCUGAUCAUCAUAAUAAUAAUAAUCAAGGUGGAUUUCAGAAAUAUAUAUGUAGGUUUUGUGGAUUGAAGUUUGAUUUGUUACCUGAUCUUGGUAGACACCAUCAAGCAGCUCACAUGGGGUCAAACUCAAACUCAAACCCUAGUGGGACCCGUGUCCCAAAAAGGGGUGUCCCCUUUUUUUCCAACAAAUUAAAACCAGGAAGACUAAAUCGCCCUCGGUUCAAAAAAGGUCUAAGAAAGAAACACAUUCAAGCACCAUUCCAAGAAAUAAUAGAAUCGGAAACACAAUUCCAAUUCCGGUCUCAAUUCCAAUCUCAAUCACCGGAAUCGGUGAUUCUUGGAAGAUUACAAGAGUCAGAAUGUGCAAAUGUCGCGAAAUUACUCUACUCGAAGAUCAACAAAACAAAACUUUAUCCGGGAAAUCUUGAGAUUUUAUCCAUGGCUCGAUCCGUUUGUUGUAGAAAAAGCUUUCAAGCAUCAAUGGAGAAGAAAUAUGGAGUUUUACCCGAACGUUUGUAUCUCAAGGCUGCAAAACUUUGUAGUGAACAUAAUGUUUUGAUUGAGUGGCAUCAAGAACGGUUUGUUUGUCCAAAAGGGUGUGACGGAAUCACGGAUUCCGAUCAUUUCCCAAAGACGGAAUCGGAAUCACCGAUUCCGAUUCCGAUUCCGACUGAUGUUUUGGGUCCUAAGACGGAAGCGAAGGAAUCACGUGUUCCGGAUCCCGUGACAGGGGAAUGGGCGAUGGAUGAGUCUCAUUACAUCAUAAAUUUCAGCCAUUCGAGACCGGAAUCAGAAAAAGCAAUUGUUUUGUGUGAUGAUAUAAGCUUCGGAAUGGAAUCGGUUCAAAUCGCGUGUGUGGUUGAUGAUCAUCUUUUGGGGUCAAUUCAUAAUUCUGCUGAUGGUGAUGAUGGUCAAACUUUUUUACCAUGGGAAAACUUUACCUACAUUACAAAGCCUUUGCUUGAUAAGUCUCUUGAUUUUGGAUUGAGGAGUUUACAAUUGGGGUGUGGAUGUGCACAUUCGACAUGUUCUCCAAAAGGGUGUGAUCAUGUGUAUCUUUUUGAUAAUGAUUAUGAAGAUGCAAAGGAUAUAAAUGGAAAAUCAAUGAAAGGGAGGUUUCCUUAUGAUGAUCAAGGCCGAAUCAUAUUGGAGGAGGGUUACCUAGUAUACGAAUGCAACAAGAAUUGCAGCUGCAAUAAAAACUGUCAAAAUCGAGUUUUGCAAAAUGGGGUGAAAGUGAAAUUGGAGGUCUUCAAAACAGAAGACAAGGGUUGGGGGGUAAGAGCUGGAGAACCAAUCGAUCGUGGAACAUUUAUUUGCGAGUAUAUUGGAGAGGUUGUAGAUGAACAUGAAGCGAAGAAGAGGCGUCAUAGGUAUGAUCGAGAAGGUUGCGGAUUUAUAUAUGAAAUUGAUGCACGCAUUAAUGACAUGAUUCGAUUAAUUGAGGGAGAAGCCCCUUACGCCAUUGAUGCCACAAAAUUUGGAAAUGUUUCACGCUACAUAAAUCACAGCUGCUCUCCAAAUCUUGAAAACCAUCAAGUUCUUAUCGAAAGUCUGGAUUCUGAAUUGUCACAUAUCGGUCUAUAUGCUAGUCGAAAUAUAGCGACAGGUGAAGAAUUGAGCUUUGAUUACAUGAACAAGGCGCCACCUGGCAAAGGGUGUCAAUGCAAAUGUGGUGCUGUGAAUUGCAGGGGUCGUUUGCACUGAAUCAAAUCCUGAACGUGAAUAAUAUCACUUUUUUUUUUUUUGGGUUUCAGAUUUAGACUUUUAGUGC